AUGCGUGUUUUGGUUGAUCCAGGAAGUUCAUCCAACAUCAUACAUUGGAGAGUAUUGGAGCAAGUGAAGUUAAUCGGGAACAUCAUUCCAGUGACAAAGCUCCUAGCUAGCUUCAAUCUGAAAAGCAUGACAACCCGAGGAGAGAUUCUGAUACCCACUCAUGUCGAAGGUGUAACAAAAACCACCAUGUUUGAAGUGGUAGAUGGAAACAUGAGUUAUAAUGUAAUCCUUGGAGGGCCAUGGAUACAUAAGAUGAAAGUUGUGCCCUCAACGUACUGGAGGAGAUGGAUGCAACCCAUCGACCACAGAAGAGAUCGAGAAAGUGGCUCUGUCCGAGGAGUUUUUGGAAAGAAAGUUACAAUUGAUAUGACAGGUAUCCCAUUGGAGGUAGCAGGCCAAAAACUAAGUUUUGACCCAAUCUUCCCUCCGGUAAGGCAAAAGAAGCGCCCGAUAGUAGAGGUCAGGAACAUGUUUGUUAAAGAAGAAGCAACUCGACUACUCAUUAUCGGUUCAAUCCGAGAAGUAAGACGAGGGAAUCUUCUUGAUCCUGGAGUUUUGCUCGGAGCUUGUCAAAUUCGGCCGGGAGCUCCUCUUCCAGCCUUCAUUGUGCGGAGUCAAGAAUCAAGCUCAACAUUUGUAGUUGAGUGA